GAGAGAGAGAGAGAGGCAGAGAGAGAGUGAGAGAGAGAGAGAGCGGGAGAGAGAGCGACAGAGACAGAGAGCGACAGAGAGACAGAGAGAGAGAGAGGCAGAGAGAGAAUGAGAGAGAGAGAGAGACGCAGAGAGAGGAAGAGAGAGAGAGCAACAGAGAGAGAGAGACAGAGAGAGACAGAGAGAGAGAGAAAUACACCGCUCCUGGGCGUGCCCACAAAAAAAAUGAGUUCUUUAAGGAAAUGCAUCUGAGGUCGGCAGAGUCACAGAAACGGUGUGGUGGGUAUAGCGAGAGGGCAGUGUGAUCCUCCAACCCCUUUAUGUGAAGCCUCCUCUUGGAGCACUGGGUCGAUCUGAAGCCAAUGGUCCAUAGGCACGCAGAAUCAAAAUGGAGUCCUUCAGCUCUAAAGACAUGGCCAUGAAGGCCCAAAACAAAAUCCUCAGCCGUAUGGCCAGCAAAUCCAUGGUGCAGAUGUUCAUUGAUGACACCAGCAGCGAAAUCCUGGAUGAGUUCUACCGCGUCUCCAAAAUACACUCUGGGAACCGCACGGAAGCCCAGAAGGUGGUCAAAGACCUGGUCAAGGUGGUGGUAAAGGUGGGCAUUCUCUUUCGGCACGAUCGCUUCAGUCAAGAGGAGCUCAGCCUGGCUCAGGACUUCAAGAAGAAGCUGCACCAGGGGGUCAUGACGGCAAUCAGCUUCCAGGAGGUGGAGUUCACAUUUGAUAAGGCUGUCAUGACAGAGCUUCUGACGGAUUGUAGGGACAUCCUGCUGAAGCUCGUAGAGAAACACCUGACUCCCAAAUCCCUCGGGCGCAUUCGGCAUGUCUUCAACCAUUACUCUGACCAAGACCUACUGACCAACCUCUACACCCCCGGUGGCCCUCUCUGGCCUAAUCUCACCAAGAUCUGCAGAGACCUGAACAAACUGGUUGAGGAAGGCAAGCUAUGAGUGGGAAUUCCAAACAAUCCUGGAAAAAUGAGAAACUUUUGCAAGCCUAUUAAGGAAUUCUGAAUUCGAUUUGCCCAAUGAAAAUACCAGGAGAUAUCAUUUUGAUAGCUUAAUGGGGACACUGAUCCAGUGUCAGUUGAUGAUGUAGAUAUUGAUUUAUGUUGGGAUCUUCAUGAGGGCAUGGAAUCAUCAUCCUUGCUUUACAACAUAAGCCAUCUGCAUUAGGACUGGGCGAUAUAAUAUGUAUUUGUCAUUAUCACAGUAUGAAUGUGCAUGAUAUGCAUCGUCACAUUUCAGUAUCUCACGAUAUUACCUCUACCUCUGCCUCGAUGCAUUUCAGUCCAAUGCUGUGGGAGCUAAGUGAAGUCCAUUCAAGUAUGAUAUAUGAAAGAAAAAUAGCUUACAUUUGACCAAAAUCACCUAUGAAAUCCUCCAAAGAUAAAAAAUAACCUGCUAUAUAUAUAUCUAAUCUGCUACUUUGUCAGGACUCCCUGCUUCCAGCACGAUAAGAUUGCAUCCCUGGUCUACUUUCAAUUGAUUUGUCCUUCUUUUUUAAGAUAUUCCGUUUCCGGGGAAACUAAUGGACUUUAAUCGGACAUCAGUCUGCCUGUUCAGUCACAGCAGUUGCUAACCUCAUUUAAGUACUAUUUAAAUUUAAAGUGGCUAUCUAGGACCAACAGACAACCACCUCAAUUAGUGUCAGGGCCACAUCUAUGCAUGCAGACUUAGUAUCUGUCUGCUCACUGACUGUUCUGCUUGUUACAAAGAGUUUUUGAGACCGGCGAAUGGCAUUUCAUUUCUAAUCCAUGUCUGAAUUAAAGUCCUGCUGUACAGUCUUUGCAAUGAAUGUGACGAUUGGAUAGUCUUUAUAAAUUGCUUCAAGUUUUCAAUCAAUCAGUGAUAAUUCCACAACAUGAAUAUUCCCCUGAGCUUUCUGGAAACACUGCCGAUGGACCAUUUAAAAAUAAAAGGUUUUAUUUUGUUUCAGGGAUAGAUCAGCUUUAAUAUUGCAGAUAGAUUGUAUCUUCUGUCAAUGUAAUUGUUUGCAUCGUUUCCAAUCCCCCAUAUAUUUUGGGGGGAAAUAUAUAUUUAUGUUUAUCAGCUCGGGGGCGACAGGUAACCGAGUGGUUAGAGCCUUGGGCCAGUAACUGAAACGUUGCUGGAUUGAAUCGAGCUCACAAGGUAAAAAUCUGUCGUUCUCCCCCUGAACAAGCCAGUUAACACACUGUUUCCCGGUAGGCUGUCAUUGUAAAUAAGAAUUUGUUCUUAACUGACUUAACUGGUUAAAUAAAAAAAUAAUACAUUCA